AUGAAUAACUGGGCAAAAAUUCAUGAUUGUGGUGAAUGGUCAAAUUGGUUAACAUUUGAAGAUUUAACAGAAGAAAUGAUUAAUAAUUAUGAAAUUAUAUUAAAUAAUGAAUCAAAUGAAAUUUGUAAUAUCUUUUCACUAGAACAAUAUAUUCAACAAGAAGAAAUAGUAAAAGGAUUUAAAAUGAGUAUAAUAAAAACAGCAGGUAUAGCAAGUUGUUUAGGAUUAACAUUAGCAAUUGGAGCAAUAUUAAUUUAUUCUAAAACGUAUUUUAUAUUUUAA